AUGGAUGAGUCUCGUAGAAGUUUAUUCAAAAGAAAAGAAAAACGAAAAGUAAAAGGUUUAUGUGAAUGCACAGAUUCGCUGUUAUUCGGAAAGAAUUGUGAAUACUUUCUGCCUGAGGGAACAACAUUCGAGGAAAUUAUUGCUUGGGAAGUGCAGAUGAAAACAAUUGAUUCAUGGCAGAUGCAAUUGUUCGGUGAUAUUGUAUGUUAUACAACAUUAAGUUGUAAUACUGGUCUUUUGUGUCUCGAUUGGCGAGAUAUUUGUGAUGGAGUUGAGCAGUGUAUGUCAGGUGACGAUGAAACAAACUGUGACAAAUUAGAAUUUAAUGACUGUGACGAUGAUGAAUAUCGCUGUAUGAAUGGAAUGUGUAUUCCUGAUGAAUAUUUUCUUGACGGCGACUAUGAUUGUUCAGAUUUAUCUGAUGAGAAACAAGUUUUCAAUGACAUGAAGUGCAUACUUCAAAAAGCUAGUGUCCAGUGCGAUGAUCGGAUGUGUUCACAGGACGAAUAG